AGAUGUCAGAACACGAUAUUUUGUGUCGUCGGCACCGAUUUGUUAUCGUAUUUCGAUGUGGUGUAAUAAUAUGUUUUAAAAUGAAAUAUUCGCGCUUAUCAUAAAAAAAAAAACAAAUUACGUUUCCAUGAUUUUGUAAACUGCAUCUCUAAGGAAAUCGUAAAUAUUAGUGAGAUAAAGAAAAAUAAACAACUGGUCUCGGAUAACAAGUUUCACAGAAACAAAAUACUUCAUUAGUUUUAAUGAACUUAUUUCUUGCUGAUUACCGGGUACUUUUGGUUAACGAUAAAAAUGAGAAUAAGAAGGUUGUCUGCAGUUUUUUGGGCGACUUGUAUAAUCGCCUUCAUUUUUAUUUUAUACGUUGUCACCGACUUAAGUUUUAAGUUGCCAAGUAUAAAGCCGGUUGUAGUGGACGUUGAUAAUAAAUGGACAUCUUUUGAAUCUAAAUUACUGCACUUGGAAAAAGAGUUGAACGAACAUCAUGCAGUUGUUGGUGAAAUCAAGACUGCCGUAGAGCAGAUUGUUGAGAAGUCCCAUGAGGUUUAUGUACAACCAAAAAGACUAAAAACACCAAAAAGAGAGAAUAAAAUCAGGCAAUUCAAAGUUGUAGGAGAUGAGCCACCUAAAAUGCGUAUAAAGUUAAAUGCCUCUACCUGUCCUAUAAACCAGGCCACAUCUAAGACAGAUAUUCAAAUGCUGUCAAUGUAUGAAAGGAUAAUGUUUGAUGACAAAGAUGGUGGUGUGUGGAAACAAGGUUGGGAUAUAGAAUAUAAAGAUGAGCAGUGGAAUCAGAAAAACAAAUUGAAAGUAUUUAUUGUGCCACAUUCACAUAAUGACCCAGGUUGGAUCAAAACGUUUGAAAACUAUUAUAAAACACAAACAAAGGCAAUAUUUACAAAUAUGGUGGAAAAGUUGGUAGAAGGUGUCGGAAGAAAGUUCAUCUGGGCUGAGAUCAGCUAUCUCUCAUUGUGGUGGAAUUCUGACGCUACUGAUAAAGAAAAAUCUAUAUUCCAAAGCUUACUGAAAUCAGGCCAAUUAGAAAUAGUAACGGGAGGUUGGGUUAUGAACGAUGAGGCAAACUCACAUUGGAUCUCGAUCAUACAGCAACUUGUGGCCGGCCAUCAAUGGCUUAUGGACCAAUUUGAGUAUAUACCGAAGAAUGCCUGGUCAAUAGAUCCAUUUGGUUACUCCAGUGCUCAACCAUAUCUAUUAAAGUUGGCAGGCUUUGAGAAUUCUGUCAUACAAAGAGUUCAUUAUAGAGUUAAGAAGGAAUUAGCAUUGAAUAGACAGUUGGAAUUCAAAUGGAGACAGUUAUGGGAUGGUAAUGGUAAAACUGAUAUGUUUACACACUUGAUGCCUUUCUAUUCUUACGAUAUACCUCAUUCUUGUGGACCUGAUCCUAAGGUAUGUUGUCAGUUUGAUUUCAAAAGAUUGCCAGGCAAUGGAGUGACAUGUCCUUGGGGUAUAGCCCCUAGGAAAAUUAUCCAGAAAAAUGUUGCUGAAAGGGCCUUUUUAAUAUUGGACCAAUGGCGUAAGAAGGCCCAGUUGUACCGCAGCAACGUGUUAAUGUUCCCAUUGGGAGACGACUUCCGCUACGACCGCGCAAACGAAUGGGACAAUCAGUAUCAAAACUACGAGGCUAUUAUUGACUAUAUUAAUAACAAGGAUUCUUGGAAUGCUGAGGUGCAAUUUGGUACACUUGAAGAUUACUUCAAGGCGGUGCACGAGGAAGUGAAGAUGUCGGACUUCCCCGUGCUGUCCGGGGACUUCUUCACAUACGCGGACAGGAACCAGCACUACUGGAGCGGCUACUACACCUCCCGCCCCUUCUACAAGAACAUGGAUAGAGUGCUCAUGGCAUAUGUCAGGGCGGCAGAGAUAAUAACAGGUCAGGCGUGCUCGAGCCAGGCGGUGAGCUACAUAGUGUCGCUGCAGCUGCGCGACCGCGUGGAGCAGGCGCGCCGCGCGCUCGCGCUCUUCCAGCACCACGACGGCGUCACCGGCACCUCCCGCGACGAGGUGCGCGAGGACUACGCUAAAAAAAUGCUACAAGCUAUAAAAUACAGUCAGUCUGCAAUCCAACAAGCGGCUUAUUACUUGCUCAAACAACCAGCGAUAUUGGAGCAGACGCAAGAAGACGUGUACUUCGAUGUGGACGACAUUUGGCGGAAACACGACGAAAUACCGUCUCGCAUCACCAUAGCUUUAGAUGCUAUGUCUCCAUCACGAAGAGUGGUCUUUUACAAUGCACUGGCGUUUAGAAGACAGGAGAUUGUCACUCUGCUCGUCUCUACUCCGCAUGUUGAGGUAUUUGACCCCGAAGGCAACCCUAUAAUGGCUCAAAUAUCUCCGGUGGUGUCGGGCGAGCGCCGCCUCGGGUUCGCCGCCAACAAGUUCCAGCUCUCCUUCCCUGUUACUGUCGACCCCCUCGCACUCACAGUCUACUCCGUCUCACUCAGAGACAGCAUGAGUAUCAACAAGUAUACAUCAUUCUCCAAAGUGCGUAUCUACAAUGCCGACUACUGGAACGUGGACCUGCCCAAGAUGUUCGCAGUGGAGCAGCCGACGGAGAGGCUGGCGGAGGAUGUCACCUUCCGAGCUGGUGACAGCACUCGAGUGGUCACCAAUAUGAACGGUCUCAUCAAAGCCAUCGUCCCGCCAGCCGGCACCACUGUGCCGGUGCAUAUGGACUUCGCUCAUUACGACAGUCAGCGGACAUUGGACAACAACAGCGGGGCGUAUCUAUUCAUCCCGUCUGGCCCCGCGGAGCCCUUCGCGCCGGAGCCCUACCCCGAGAUUGUAGUCACGGAGGGACCCUUCAAGGCCACCCUCUACACCGCCCUCGUCAGCCCCAAGGCUGCGGAAGUCAUGUUAGCGAUAUCGGUGUACAACAACCCGUCGCUGCCUCAAGGCGAGGUGGAGAUAUGCAAUACGUUCCUGAUCGACCCGCAGGCGGAUGACUACGAGCUCGCUAUGAGGUUCUCUACUGGCAUCAAGAAUGGCGACGUCUUCUAUACUGAUCUUAACGGAAUGCAGAUGAUUAAACGUCGUUACUUUGAGAAGUUACCGCUACAAGCCAACUUCUACCCGCUGCCGGCCGCCGCCUACAUAGAGGAUGACCACACCAGGCUCACUCUGCUCACCUCCACCGCGCUCGGCUUCGCUGCGUUGCAGCCGGGACAGAUCGAGGUGAUGCAAGACCGACGUCUGACGAGAGACGACAACCGCGGCAUGAACCAGGGCGUGCUCGACAACGUGCGCACGCGACACACCUUCAGGCUGAUCGUGGAGCAUGCCGUGCCUUGCCAGCGUACAUCAGGCGCAGUGAGCGGGCAGCUGUCGCUGGGCGCGCACGUGUCGCAGCAGCUGCUGCAGCAGCCGCUGCUGCGCCUGCACCACGCCGCGGACGAGAACACGCCGCGUCCCGCCUACUCGCGCUCCGUUGUCAACGCCGCAGACAUAGUGCUCGCCGCAUUCAACGCUCACGUCACCGCCAAGGACAAGGAGGGGCGCGCGCUGCACGGCAUGGGCGUCACCCUGCAGCGAGUGCACCUCGACCUCUGCUACGGCAGCAGCGCCCUCGCCGCCGCCUACCCUGUCGGAGACGGACAGCUCCGUCUCUCAGACAUGUUGGAGGUGUCUGCGGAGCGCGUGUUGGAGAGCUCGCUGACGUGGGUGCGCGCGCGCGGCGCCCUGCCCGCCGCAGCGCUCACACUCUGCCCCAUGGAGAUACGCUCCGUCUUCAUCAAUCAGACUCUCCAACGAGCCUGAGGGUGCUGACUCAACACAACUCAUAAUUUAUCCAAAAAUAUUUUUAAACGGCCGAAUACUGAAACGACAUUGAAAUAACAACAUCAUUUGAUGCACGAUUAAAUUCCAAAUCUAUUAUAAAUUAGUGUCAGAUUCGGCCGCUAGGGUCUCAUUGCUUUUGCAAUCUUUUUUAUGUAAAUUAAAUGUCAACUACAUUUAUUAAAAUAGUUUAUUACACCCAUUCAACCUUUUCAACCAACUUACAUUUUUUACAAUAAAAUACUCAAUAAUUUUCAAAUCAUUAUAAUAAUAUCUACAGUAAAGUAAAGAUGCUAGAAAAUAAUAAUUUUGUGAUUAAUAUUUGCAGUAACUCGAUUGCAUAUAAUUUGAUAUAAUACUAGUUAAGACUGUAUUUUGGAUGUAGUUAUGAUUUUAAACAAAAUAAAAAUAUUGUUUACGUAAAUAUCUAUUUAAAAAUAUAUACAAUCGCAAAAUGUAAGAGUUCAUUCGCUUAAAAGAACCAUCAUGAAGAUAAAAAAAAUAUUUGUUAAAAAUAGUAAUUUCGAUCUCUUUUGGUGUUUUUUAAACUAUAACUGGUGAGAUUCAGUUUUUAAUUUGGUGGGGGCACAGCCGCGCCCUGUAUAUUUCAUUAAUUUAAUUUUUCAUUUUUUUUUUGUUUUGGUGUGAUUUUACUGUAACUAUUUUAUUUUAUGUUUUUUAUAUAUGAAACAAUAUUUAAGUGAAACAGCACAAAAUACUUAAAUAUAGUUCACAAUAGAAUAACAAUGCAAAAUACUGUAUUGCUUAAGAUUUUCAUAUUGUGCAAAGUUAAACUUUUAAGUAAGAAAUAGAUAGCCCAUAUUUUUAGUUUUGUUUAGUGUAACACUUUGUUCAUUUUUUUGCUAUAGUCAAGUCAAAAUGCAUUUUGUCUAUUUUAAUAUUAUAUAUGGGAUAGUCUUUUGCGAGAACAUAUUCCUAACAUCAAAAACGAAAUUUCUAUGAGAUUUGUUGGUGUACUUUACGCCCGGUAGGGACACUUCACAAAUCAAUACAAAUUUUGAUUUCAUUAGAGUUGUCCCUUCUAAUGACUUUGUAACUCUUUGGUCCUAGCAUCUUCAGUUUAUUAGAAUAUAGUCAUUUAUGUAAAUAUUGUAAAGAUUUUAAUACGAUUAUGUAUAUUAUGACUUGUGACUGGCCACAUUUAUAACGCAUAUUGAUCUCAGUGUUGCCGUAUAACGAUCAGCCAUUUUAGAAAAAAAAAA